AAAACCUCUAAUUUUCUUUCUACAAAUGGAAGAAGAAGAUCAACACAAGGUCACAGAUCUAGUCAUAGAAUUGCAAUCUCUUCGCUACGCUUUCCGCAUUCUCUUCAGCUGCUUGACACCCUCAAUUGCCCCCGAUGCCGCUGCCAUUGCUGAGUCCAUCAAGCGCCGUCUCGCCACUAAAGGUAAGUCUACAGAUGCCCUCACCUUUUCCGAUCUCUUCACGAAGUUUGCGUCGAAAACGGGUCCGAGUAGUGCUAAUAACAAGGAGAAUGGUUUGAGGGUUUUACGUGGGAGAGAGAGUAGAGAAAAGGGUUGGAGUAAUGGAGUUUUGUUGGUGGCGAAAGAGCCGGAAAAUUUGCGUGACGUUGCUUUCAAGGAGCUGGUGAAUGUGGUGAAAGAGGAGAAUGAGGUUUCUGAGAAGGUUUUGGCGAGAGAUGUGUUGUAUGCUUGUCAAGGGAUUGAUGGGAAGCAUGUGAAAUUUGACAGUAAAGUUGAUGGAUAUGUUUUGUCAGAGAGUAUGGAACAGUUUCCAGCUGAGGAUGUAGGAACUGUUGGCCAGGCAUUUUGUGCAGCACUGCAUGAUGAGUUACAUGAGUAUUAUAAACUGUUGGCCGUCCUCGAAGCCCAGGCUAUGAAUCCAAUUCCAUUGGUUUCAGAAAAUGCAAGCUCAGGCAACUAUUUGUCAUUGAGGAGGUUGUCGGUUUGGUUUUCAGAGCCAAUGGUGAAAAUGAGGUUAAUGGCUGUAUUGGUUGAUAAAUGUAGGGUUUUGAGGGGUGGAGCAAUGGCUGAAGCUAUUCAUUUGCAAGCCCAGCAUGGUGACCCUCUUGUCCGUGUAGGAAUGCUUCCUUCUUUUAUUUCACAGCCUCUUGCUCACCGUAUUCUGAGGACUAGCAAGUCAAUUAAUUUUCUUUGGGUUUGUUGUGAUGACUGGGGCUGGGCAGAUGCUGCUACAGAGGCUGCAGCAGCUGCGGGAACCAUGGCUGGAACAGGGGGCCUCAGAUAUGGAGAAAGUGAUGCUCUUGUGGCUCCGGUUGUUGAAGCGGCUAAGAGAAUUGAUAAGCAUUUAUUGGAUGUUAUGUACAAGAGGUAUAAGUUUAAAGAACACUGUCUUGCAAUCAAGCAUUAUUUGCUGUUAGGGCAAGGUGAUUUUGUGCAGUAUUUAAUGGAUAUUGUUGGGCCACAACUUUCUGAACCUGCUAAUACCAUUAGCUCAUUCAAACUAGCAGCGUUAUUGGAAAGUGCAGUUCGAUCAUCUAAUGCUCAGUAUGAUGAUCCUGACAUAUUAGACCGAUUGAGGGUUAAGAUGAUGCCACAUAACUCUGGAAAUCAGGGAUGUGAUGUAUUCUCUUUGGAAUAUGAUGCAAGGAUUCCAUUGGAUAUGGUGCUUACUGAAUCAGUCAUGACCAAGUAUUUAAGAAUUUUUAAUUUUCUUUGGAAGCUUAGACGGGUAGAGCAUGCACUAAUUGGUGCUCGGAAGACAAUGAAACCCAAUUGUAUCACUUCUCAUACGUUCAAUAAGUUGCAAGAUGCAGUAAAAUUGCAGUUGCUUUCAACACUAAGGCGAUGCCAGGUCCUUUGGAAUGAAAUGAAUCGUUUUGUUACAAAUUUGCAAUAUUAUAUCAUGUUUGAAGUAUUGGAGGUAUCCUGGUUGGAUUUUUCCAAUGAAGUGGAAAUGGCCAAAGAUCUCGAUGAUCUGCUUGUGGCACAUUAUGAGUACCUCCAUUCAAUUGUGGAAAAAUCUCUCCUUGGUGAGCGAUCACAAAACCUUUAUGAGUCACUCUUUGUUCUAUUUGACCUUAUCUUGCAAUUUAGGAGUCAUGCAGAUCGGUUAUAUGAAGGAAUCCAUGAGUUGCAAGCAAGAACUGCCGGAUCCUCUUUACCUUCCCGUGACAAGAGCAAAUCAAGGAAGCAAAUUGUAGGAUCAGUUAAGAAAACUGAUUCAAACCAACAUAAAACUCAAGAAAAAAAUCUUGAGAAACAUGUGAAAGAUGAAGGAAAUGAUAUAAAUUGAGCUAGAGAUAAUGCUCAGAUUUUUUUCUCACUGAUUUUUCAUACAUAUUACAUCAGUUUUUUAUAUAUUCUUUAUACAGAAUACUGUCAGCACAUUACAAUGUUCACCUACAAUUAAAUAAUAAUAUAAUCCUUAU